AACUUGGUGAAUGUUGUUAUAUGGUUACUGUGUGCAUUUUUCGACCUAUAAUUAAUUGAUUGAUUUAUGCCAACAAAUAUGCCAGUUGGUAAGCAGAUGGCCAGCGUGCAUGAAGCUGUGCAGAAUGGCGAUGUCUUGGAGCUUGAGAAUAUGGUGAAGAGAGGAGCGAGUAUCAAUGAAGUUGACCGGAAGGACAAGUUCACUGCACUUCACUGGGCGUGUCAUUGUGGAGCACUAGAGUGUCUUCACUGGCUACUAUGGCAUGGAGCUGACCCUACAACCACUACACCCCAGGGCUGGACACCUGCCCAUGUAGCGGCUAUCAGAGGUCAAGACCAAUGCAUACAGGCGCUGACAGCCCAAGGGGUCAGCAUGAAUGCUCGUGACCUCAGAGGAAACUCGCCGGCCCAUCUUGCAGCAGCCCACGGCAACUCAUACACUCUGAGCUCAAUACUUAGAGCAGGAACGGACAAUGAAGGAAAGAACAUAACCACCUGGACAGCGACGCACAUAGCAGCAUUCCAUGGACGUCUGGGAUGUCUUCAACUGCUUCUCAAGUGGGGUGCAAGAACAGACGAGGCUGAUGGGAAUGGAAACAUUCCUGCUCACCUAGCAGCACAAGAAGGCCACCUCCCAUGUCUGAAGUUCCUCGUCAGUAGCGGUGCAACCAUCAGCGACACACUGGGUGCACGCAACGAUAACGGUGACACGCCCAAAACCCUGGCAUCUCAGUACUACAAGCAACACUGUGUUGACUACAUCAAUGCAGUCGAAUGGGAGAGAGACCAUCCAGAGGACCAAGAAAAUCUGGCCUUCCCUGCUCACAUGUCCGCUGCUUCCGGUGACCUGGGUCAUCUGAGACUACUCAUUGAACAGGGAGUGGUCAACAUCAAUGAGAAAGAUGAUAAGGGCUCAACCCCAGCACACAGAGCUGCUGGUAAUGGUAAACUGGAAUGUCUUCAAUGGCUCGUAGAGAUGGGUGCAAACAUUCAUGUCCAGAAUAGCGCUGGAGAAACUCCCAUGGACGUAGCCCACCGCUUCGCUCAGCUAGCUUGUGUUAAGCUACUCAAGGGAGACGAUUCAGAUUCUGAUGUGGAGGUGAUGGGUGGUUACUCUGACCCUGAAGAAAGACAGGACAAACUUCUUCAGAGGUCUACUGAUCAUGGCUUGGAAGGAGAGAGUAUUGUUUUAUCUCCAAGACAGAAAGAAGAAGCUAGAGGCCGAGCUAUAAAGCGGGUCGAAGAGCUAGAAAGACUCAUCGGCAUCGCUAAGACCAAUUUCCACCAGCUUGGAGGAAGGCUUGAUGAAGACCGGGAACAACAACGCAGGGAGAGAGAAAGUGAUAGGAUGUUGAAGGAAUUGGAAUCACAGCUAGAGUAUGAGAGACUGAGGAGAGAGAAACUGGAAUCUCAGUUGGAUGAAUGCAGGGCAGAGAUCCAGCAUCUUAAUGCCAUGCUGGAAAGAGCUUCAAAUGUAGCAUAUAGUGAGGAAGAGGCCAAACCUAAGAAGACGAAGAAGAAGAAGAAACGUCCAGUGUCAGCAGGAAGUGGAGGGGUUUUUGUCAAACGGACAAUCUCCAAGGCACCCCAGAAUCUAGAACUAUUCUAAGCCCUAUGCAGGACCCAGACCCAGUACCAACGGCCGGAUAAUCUAACCUGGACCUUUGCCUAGCCCCUCUAAGAUCUAGACCUGUUUUAAGUCCUGUGCAGGACCCAGACCCAGUACCAAUGGCCAGAUAAUCUAACCUGGACCUUUGCCCAGCCCCUAUAAGAUCUAGACCUGUUUUAAGUCCUGUGCAGGACCCAGACCCAGUACCAACGGCCAGAUAAUCUAACCUGGACCUUUGCCUAGCCCCUCUAAGAUCUAGACCUGUUUUAAGUCCAUUGCAGGACCCAGACCCAGUACCAACGGCCAGAUGAUCUAACCUGGACUUAAGAUCUAUACCUGUUUUAAGUCCUGUGGAGGACCUAGACCAGUUAUCUAAUAGAACCAAUGUUGAGAGGCAAAUAAGAUGGUAAUUUAAGCUGGACUCUUGGAAAGUCGCCUCAAAAUCUAGACCUGUUCUAAGUCCUGUACAGGACUUUGACCCAUAUUUUAGUACUAAUAUCAAGAGAGCAAUAGCCAUGUAAUUAAGUUGGACUCUCGCCAAGCUACCCCCCCCCCCCCAUUACAUAUUUCCGUAGUCCUUUUGAGGACUUAAUUUUAUACCCAAUGAUGGGUGGAAGCUAAGUCUUUAAGUAGAAUUUGACAAAGGAAGCAAGAUCAAUGCCCAAAUUGUGUUUCCAUCGUUAAAAGCUAGCUUAGACCUAGCAAUCAGGUUUAACUGAACUAGUAAAAUACAUACUGAUUUUUUAAUCCCACCUUCACAAGAAUGUGGCUUGUUAGUCCCACCAAACUAUUGAUUGUGAAGAACGUCCUAUCUAUACAGGAGGCUCAAUAGGCUCAGUGGUAGACCAGUGGUCUCAUAACUGGGAGGUACAGGGUUUGAAACCAAGUCUGUGAGCUAGUGUCCUUUAGUAAAGCAUUGAUCCUCAUUACCAAGUCCCUCAGUGAGGACUUUAUGCUAUCCGUACCCUGGUUGAUUACUUAAGAGCAAACA